GAUUGGUUGUUUUAUUUCCUUAAUGCUCAUUCCUUUGUUGAGUGGCCAACUUUCUCUUCUAUUAUACUCUUCUAUUAUACACACUAGGACUAAUGGUAUUUUUAAUCACGUGGUUGGAAUUGGAGUUAAAGCUGAUUGCAGAUGUUGGAAUGGUAGGUGCUCCAAAUGCUGGGAAAAGCACACUAUUGAGUGUGAUAAGUGUUGCUCAGCCAGCAACAAUCUGCCAGCUUUACUUGAAGAAGCACACGGGGGGUUUGGUUUAUGUCAUGAGUUCCUACGGCAUACCAAAAGAUGUUCUGCACUGGUGUAAGCUUCUUUUCACACAUUGCAACUUCUAUGAAGUUAAAAUUCAUGUUGUUGAUGGUUCCUCUCAGCAGCCAGAAUUUGAGUCUGAUGCUAGGCAUAUGAAAAUUGGCCUUCAUUUAACCAAAAGCCUACAAGCACGUGGAAUUGAGCCCUUUUGCAUGAGUGCAGUGAGCAGAGAAGGCACACACAAAGUUGUCUGUGCUGCUUCUGAGCUUCUUCGGAAGUGUAAAGAAUCCAAUAUGGAGUUUGAAGCACCAGAAGAUCUGAAUCACGUGGCUGAUAUGAUACAUAAGCAGUGCAGUGCCUCUAUUGAUGAGUUUGAGAUCAUUCAUGACAGUAGUUCAAAUACUUGGCACGUAAUUGGAGCAGGAUUACAACGUUUUGUUCAGAUGACAAACUGGCGAUAUAUGGAUUCUGAGAAAAGGUUCCAACAUGUUCUCGAGGCUUGUGGUGUGCAUCGUUCUCUUAUGAAGCUUGGUGUCAAAGAAGGUGAUGCAGUAAUAGUUGGAGAGAUGGAGAUGGUGUGGCAUGACUACACUGGAAAUUCUGGUCAACCAAACAUGAGAAGAAGAUCAACAGAAUCCCUCAAAUCGGCUCAGUGGGGAAGUAAUCAACAUUUUUUUUUCCUUUGUACACUGCUGGUAUUAGCAGGUUGGCAAAUUAAGAACAAAAGCAACAAUAAUGGAGGUUCUAAGUUGAAAAUGGCUGAAGUGGUGGUAAUGCUGCUCAUUGUCAUGGUCAACUUAUAAAUCAAUAUAAGGGUGGGGGCUGACCGGCUGAGCCAUUGAGAUUCUGAAUUUUACCCUCUUAUAAUUUCCCUGGUUUGUGUUGGAGCUCCAUUUGAAAAACAAUUUAUAACAACAUGGAACCAAAUUCGAGCUUUACGUUCUAAACCAAGCUCAUUCCUUAUUUCUGCUGCAUAACACACCAUAAAAAAUCUAUGAUUUA